AUGCAGUAUGGAUAUGCACCAUAUGGAUUUUUCAAGAAAAUAGACAUCCCUGGACCCAAACCCAUGCCCUUUAUUGGGACAUUUUUGGAGUACAGAAAGGGCAUCCACAAUUUUGACACAGAAUGCCAUCAGAAAUACGGAAAGGUGUGGGGGUUGUAUGAUGGCAGGCAGCCUUUACUGGCAACAGUGGACACAGCUAUGAUCAAAACCAUCUUGGUCAAGGAGUGUUAUUCAAUCUUCACCAACAGACGGAUGUACUCCAUCAUGUUGCACCACUCAAGUAAUCUGUUAAAGACCCUUCGCAAGAAUGUAGAGGCGGAUGAAGUCAUAGAUGUUAAAGAAGUGUUUGGACCCUACAGCAUGGAUGUUGUGACCAGCACUGCCUUCAGUGUGGACAUUGAUUCCAUCAACCAUCCAUCCGAUCCUUUUGUAGCAAACAUUAAGAGAAUGGUGAAGUUCAACAUCCUGAAUCCCCUGCUUGUGCAACCGAGUGGACUUCAUGCAGUUGAUGAUGGACUCUCAGACGUGGAAGAGAAUACGAGCUCCGGCAAAGGACUGACUGACAACGAGAUCCUGUCUCAGGCUCUGAUAUUCAUCUUUGCUGGCUAUGAAACAAGUAGCACCACAAUGGGAUUUUUAGCCUACAACCUGGCAACUCACCCUCAAAUCCAAAAGACCCUGCAAGAGGAGAUUGAUGAAACCUUCCCAGAAAAGGGUCAGCCAACCUAUGAAGCUUUGAUGCAAAUGGAAUACCUGGACAUGGUGUUGAAUGAGUCAAUGAGGCUGUACCCUAUUGCUAAUCGAUUAGAGAGAGUGUCAAAGUCUUCUGUGGACAUUGACGGUGUGACCAUCCCUAAAGGAACUGUCGUCAUCAUACCAAUUUACACUCUCCAUCGUGACCCUGUGUUGUGGCCUGAGCCUGAAUCCUUCAAACCUGAAAGGUUCAGCAAAGAGAACAAAGACAGCAUUGAUCCUUAUUCCUACCUACCAUUUGGAGCAGGGCCAAGGAACUGUAUCGGCAUGCGAUUUGCUCUCGUAAUGAUGAAGUUGGCCCUGGUGGAGAUCCUCCAGAACUUCAGCUUUGUCACAUGCAAGGAGACACAAAUUCCAAUGGAGCUGUCAAAUUAUGGAUUCACCACACCCAAGGAUCCCAUCAAACUGAAGCUGGAGCCCAGAACCGCCACUGCAGAUCCUCCCUCAAGCUAA